UUUUCGGAGUCAGAAGUCACGUAUUCAGUGUCUAUACCUCGACUCCAACUGAUUCCGCUCCAGCAAAUUUAAUUCUUUCGUAUUUACACACAUUAAAGGACAAAUAUACUAUGUGUAUAUUUAUAUCUCAGUGACGCGGAGCACAUGUGCCUAUGUGACUAAACCCACGUUUAUAUAAUUUAUUAUUUUAUUUUAUUUAUUCGUUAUAUUAUUAUCGUUAUAUACCACCGGCAAUAAAAUAACUACUCGUCUAUCAGUACUGUAUUUACUUAACAUUAAAGUGAAAUUGCUCUUAAAUCCGGUUUCACGCACAAAUGUGGAUCCACAUAAAUUCUUCUUUUUAAAACAGUCUAUUCCUUUUCUCGAAACUAGCGCACGUGAAAGUAUCUCCAGUUAGUGACUUCAAAUUUAAUGAAACGUGCGUUUUAUUUGUCGACAAAUUAUUUUUUUAUCCAAGAAUAUGUUGACGUACAUUGGAAUUCUACUGCUGGGACUGAUGAGAAUACAAACGACCCAAGCCUGGCAGUUAUCUUUUGCCGGGAAUCAGUCGGUCAACCUUCAUCUUGAUGACGUAAUACGUGUCCCAUUUGAAUUGGUAAUUCCUGAGGGAGUUGACAGACCAGGGCUUAAAUUUGACAUCGAAAAUACUGACCAUCAUGUUGUGAGCGUCAAGGAACCAUGGGUUGAAUCUUUACCUGCUGGUGUCGAUCGCUUCAAUAGUUCUUUAAAUAUUACGGGUCUUUUUCUUGGUAAAGCUGACAUUGUCUUAAAAGUCACUGAAAAAGGGAAAACUUAUGAGCUGAACAGAUUAGAGGUAAUUGUUAUACGUCCGGAACGUAUAAUCGAUAGAUUAUUUACUGGAAGUGUUGUAGCUCUUGUGUGCAUAUUGUAUAUUAAUUUCGGAUGCGCUAUGGACUGGGACGUGUGUCGUCAGACGAUAAGGAAACCUAUCGGGCCAAUUAUUGGAUCGAUUUGUCAAUUUAUAAUCAUGCCUCUGUUGGCGUUUGGUAUCGGACAAAUAUUAUUUCCUAACAAACCAGAAAUGCAAAUCGGUAUAUUUUUUACUGGAAUAAGUCCCAGUGGAGGAGCAUCAAACAUAUGGACUUUGCUUUUAGGAGGAAACCUUCCACUUUCUAUCAGCAUGACAACUGUGUCAACUUUGGCUUCUUUUGGUACCAUGCCACUGUGGAUAUUUACUCUGGGUAAAUAUAUUUUUGACAAAGGAAAUAUAAAGAUACCUUACAGCAGAAUAGCAUUUUCAGCUGUUGGUUUAGUCGUUCCAUUGGCAAUUGGGUUUUUAAUUCAACGUAAAUUCCCAAGACUUUGUAAAAUAAUGGUCCGAAUAAUGAAACCUUUUUCCGUAAUCUUAAUUUUAUUUAUUGUUAUUUUUGCCAUUGUAACAAAUUUAUAUUUAUUCGAAUUAUUUUCCUGGCAGAUAACUCUAGCAGGAAUGGGUUUGCCAUGGCUAGGAUUCAUAUGCGGUUUGAUAAUGAUGUUGGUCUUCCGACAACCGCAAGCUGACGUUCGUGCUAUUGCCAUUGAAACCGGAAUUCAGAACACCGGAAUUGCUAUUUUCCUUCUUAAAUCCGGUAUGCAGCAGCCAACUGCCGAUCUUACCACCGUGAUUCCUGUGUCAUGUGCCAUAAUGACGCCGAUUCCACUGAUGAUUUUAUGGUUGAUAAAAGUUAUUUCUGACCGCAGAAAAAACAAAGAUGAAAAAUUAUCUGAAAAAUUACAAGCUGAUGGGAUGCCUAUCGUCAUAUCAAAUUUAUCAGCAUUACAAUCACCAUAAACGGCAUUAAUACUUAAAAUAACUGGUAGUAGGGUCUUUUGUAAUUAGAUAUCAUAAAUAUUAUAUUUUAUUGUUAAAAUAUAAUUAUUUAGUUAUACAUUAAUACAUAAAACAGGCUCCUAAUUUUUUUUAGGAGCUAAAAUAUAUAAAACUCGGCAGCGCCGAGUUUAAUAUUUUGAUAUAAAUCAGCAACUCAGAUAUCAGCUUUAAAUUUUUUUUAUAGCCGACCAAUGCAUACAUAAACAUAUUUUCAAUUGAGAUAAAUAGUGUUCAUUUAAAUCAACUGAUCUCUAGGUCAUCAGUGGUGUUUCGAGAUUACGUCACUUCUAACAAAAUUAAUAAUAAUAAUUUUACAGUCUAGACAAUUAGAAAUUUCGGUUUAUUUUUCAUUAACUUCCAGUGUACGCAUUUUUUGAGUUGCCUUAAAUUAAACUGAUUUUUUUUUUAAUUUUAAAUAAUAAAUUAAGUAACAAAUUGAAUGGUAUUAAAUUGGAUUAUUCCACAUGUAUUCUAGUCGGAUGAACCGAGGUCCGGUUAUCAACUAGGCGUCGAAUAAUCCACCGCUCAAAAUUAUUAAGUCGAUUAUGAGUGAUGAUGAAUUUUAUUGAACGACAUUAUUUAUAAAAUUUUAUUAUUUUUUUAGUUAUUAUUUUUAAUUCUGCUGUAUGUUAUGGCAUGUGAUAUUGAAUAUUAGGAUAUAUUAAUAUUGUUGUCAUUACGUUUAUAUGUAUCAAUUUCAACAUUUUUUUUUUUUUUAUAAUAUAUUAAAUGUUAAACCUUUUUUAUUUGUUUAAAUAUAAAUAAUAUUUUUAUAUAAAUAAAAUAUUUAAAGUGUCUGUUUAAAAAUAUGUACAAUUGAAUUUUAUAAAUUUUG